AGCAGGGGGAAAGUUUCUCCAGAGUGAGCUCCGGGGUCAGUGUUGACAGGCUGCUUUGUUCAUCCACACUAAGGUGUUUGGAUUUAUACUAAUGACUGACAAGGUUUUUCGUUAUAGACAUUCACAGAUGUGAAGCAGAAGUUACACUGACACAGAGCUGAAAAGGACAAAAUGAAAACAGAAUAUUCUUUAGAGAAGAGCAGCAGAACUCAAGGAGUCUCUUUUGCAGAAGAUGAUUUCCGUAAGAACACUGAAACUUUGGCCUCCAAUCCAGAACCUUCGGGUUUGGACAACAACCAAACAGCUCAACCUUCCCUGUUCAGAAAAUACCAGCAAAGCCUUCAGACCCUCCUACCUUUCCGCUGGUCCUCACCAAAUCCACACCCUAUAGACAAUGCAGGUUUCCUGUCCUUUUCCACCUUCGUCUGGAUGACACCCAUGAUGUGGGCCAUUUUCAGAAAUAGGCUGGACAUGAACUCCCUCAACUUGUCUCAUUUUGAUUCCGCCGACAGCAGUGGAGAAAGGCUGCACAGACUCUGGAAGGAAGAAGUGGCAGAAGUGGGCCUGGAGAAGGCCUCUUUGGUUCGAGUGGUUUUUCGCUUUCAGAGAACCAGGCUGAUUCUUUCCGUCUUUAUUGGUAUCCUUGCUAUGUUGGCAGCAUUUAUUGGCCCGGCUGUUCUGGUCUAUGAGCUCCUAAACUAUGCUGAUAACCCAGGGGAUUCCACAGUGUAUCAUGGUGUUGGUCUGGCCAUUGGUUUGUUCAUCUCAGAGUUCAUGAAAGCCUUCCUUAUAUCCUUACUAUGGGCGAUGAACCUGCGUACAGCAGUCCGAAUAAAGGGUGCCUUCUCUUCAAUGGCUUACCAGAAAGUGAUCUCUCUGCGGGUGCACAGCGGCGUGUCAAUGGGAGAGAUGAUAAAUGUUCUGACCAAUGAUGGCUACCGGUUGUUUGAGGCGGUGUUGUUUGGGAGCUUUGUGCUCUCCUCUCCAGUGCUCUUCUUCGUGUGUGUCAUCUACGCCUGCUUCAUUCUGGGCUACACGGCCCUGACUGGAGUCUGCAUCUACAUCAUCUUCAUCCCUGUUCAGUUUUUCUUAGCCAAGCUCAUCACCGGCUUCAGAUGGAAAGCCAUUUUAUUAACCGACAGCCGUGUUCGCACAAUGAACGAGAUUCUCAACAGCAUCAAACUGAUCAAGAUGUACGCCUGGGAAGAAUCCUUUGAGAAGAAGGUGGCAGAUCUGAGGAAAAAAGAAAAGAAACAACUGAAGAGGGUCUGUCACAUCCAGAAUCUGAACACCAGCAUCACAGGCAUCAUCCCCACCGUUGCCACUGUUCUCACCUUUAUCGUGCACACUUUGGUGGGCUUCAGUCUGAACACCUCUGAUGCUUUUACCACCAUCGCCAUCUUUAACUCCAUGAGGUUCUGCCUCGCUCUGAUGCCGAUGUCAGUAAAGAACCUGGCUGAGGCUGCGGUAUCAUUAACACGACUGAAGAAACUAUUACUGAUCCAGAAUCCAGAGCCCUACAUGAGCCACAUGAAAAACAGUGACUCGGCCAUAGUGAUGAAAAAUGCUUCACUCUCCUGGACUAAACUGGACAGUCAGACUGACUCCUCUCCCAGCUCAGCCAAUGGGAUGAAUGGACACAAAGUGGAAGAGACAUCCCAGCAUGAAAAGACGGAAACAUUGCCAACACUGAGAAACAUCUCCUUCACACUGCCCAAGGGGAACCUGCUUGGAGUCUGUGGGAAUGUGGGGAGUGGAAAGACAUCACUGAUUUCCAGCAUUUUGGAACAGAUGCACCUUCUUCAAGGCUCCCUGUCAACUGAUGGGACAUUUGCCUACGUUUCCCAGCAGGCCUGGAUAUUUCAUGGAACUGUUCGAGAAAACAUCCUGAUGGGGGAACCUUUCGACCAGGCCAAAUAUGACAGAACUGUGGAUGUCUGCGGCCUCCGGGACGACCUGAAAAUCCUGCCUCAUGGCGAUCAAACUGAGAUUGGAGAGAGGGGGCUGAAUCUGUCGGGGGGGCAGAAGCAGAGGAUCAGUCUGGCCAGAGCUGUUUACUCCAACAAGGACAUCUUCCUGCUGGACGACCCGCUGUCUGCUGUGGACGCUCAUGUUGGGAAACAUAUAUUUGAAGAGUGCAUUAAGAAGGCGCUCCGUGGGAAGUCCAUCAUCCUGGCUACGCACCAACUCCAGUAUCUGGAGUUUUGUGAUGACAUUUUGGUUCUGGAGGAUGGCGAGGUGCUGGAGGCCGGAGACCAUCAGGCCCUGGUGAAAGUCGACGGACGCUAUGCUCAACUCAUCAGCAACUACCAGAUAGAAGAGUCCAAAACUCACACAGACGAUGAAGACGUCUCAGACCAAGAUGGCGCCCAGUUGAAGGAAAUGGAAAUGAGAGAUCGUGCAGACAGUGGGAUAGUGAACCUCGAUUCUGCUUCCUUGUCAUAUGAGAACGAUUAUGCGUCGAUAGCUGAUCAGAUUUCUUCUGCUGGUGAUCAGCUGGUGAGUGAAGAGUCUUCAUCAAAAGGAGCUGUGUCCUGGAGAGUUUACCAUGAGUACUGCAAGGCAGCUGGAGGUUACAUCGCCACCUUGGUGGCGGUGAUGAACAUCGUGCUGCUGAUUGGAUCGACGGCGUUCAGUAACUGGUGGCUCAGCUAUUGGCUGGGGAAGGGGAACGGGACUUCAGUGGAAGGGGACAUCUCAGAAAACCCAGACCUCCACUUCUACCAGAUCAUUUACGGGGUGACGGUGAUCGUCAUGGUGCUUCUUGCACUGACAAAGUGUUUUUUUUACACUCGGGCCACCAUGGGGGCCGCCUGCAAAUUGCACAACACCAUGUUUAAAAAGAUCAUCGCCAGUCCCAUGAGUUUCUUUGACACGACCCCGACCGGUCGUAUCAUUAACCGCUUCUCCAAAGAUCAGGAGGAGGUGGACACAGUUCUUCCUCUGCACAUGGACCCGUUCAUUCAGUUUACUCUGAUGGUCACCUUCACCAUCAUCAUCAUCUCCACCGUCUUCCCUGCCAUGCUGCUGGCGGUCCUCGUGAUGGGAGCUCUGUUCACCCUCAUCCUCUUCGUGUUUCAGAGGAGCAUUCGUCUGAUGAAGAAGAUGGAAAACAUCAGUCGCUCUCCUUGCAUCUCUCUAACCACGUCCACCGUGCAGGGCCUCAGCACCAUCCACGCCUACAACAUCAGAGAGCGUCACGUUCAACGGUUUAAGACACUGAACGACCUGAACUCCAACCAUUACCUCCUGUUUCACUCGGGGACUCGCUGGCUCUCGUUCUGGCUGGACUUCAUGGCGACCACAAUGACCUUUUUAGUGGCUCUGCUCAUCGUGCUCAGCAGUGACGAGCUCAUCAGUCCUUCAAUGAAAGGCUUGGCCUUGUCCUACACCAUACAGUUAACGGGCAUGCUUCAGUUCGUAGUGAGGCAGGCAACAGAAGUGGAGGCCAGAUUCAACUCAGUGGAACGACUGAUGGAGUACAUCACGGGUUGUACGUCUGAGGCCCCCAGACACAUGAAGGGGGCUCAAAUCCCAGAGGAGUGGCCAAAAAGCGGCGCCAUCACCUUCCAGGGCUAUAAGAUGAGGUACAGAGAGAAUACACCCAUCGUCCUCAACAAGCUCAAUUUCCCAAUCCGAGCCGGAGAGAAGUUAGGCAUUGUGGGAAGGACAGGAUCUGGGAAGUCUUCUAUAGGUGUUGCUCUAUUCAGGCUUGUGGAGCCGGCAGCAGGAACCAUUUUGAUAGAUGGAGUGGAUAUCAUGUCCAUUGGUCUGCAGGAUCUGCGCAGUAAAUUGUCAAUCAUCCCACAAGAUCCUGUGCUGUUUAUUGGCACAGUCAGGUACAACCUCGACCCCUUCAAUAACUACACAGAUGAGGAGAUCUGGGCAGUUCUGGAGAAGACCUACAUGAAGGAUUCAAUCGUUCGACUGGAGGGAAAACUGAAGGCUCAGGUUCUGGAGAAUGGAGAGAACUUCUCUGUUGGAGAAAGGCAGCUUAUGUGUAUGGCUAGAGCCCUACUCCGCAACUCCAAGAUCAUUCUCUUGGACGAGGCGACUGCUUCCAUCGAUUCGGAGACAGAUUCUUUGAUCCAGACAACAAUUAAAGAAGCCUUCCAGGACUGCACCAUGCUUACCAUCGCCCAUCGCAUCAACACUGUGGUAGACGCAGAUCGCAUCCUGGUCAUGGACAACGGAGAGGUGGCAGAGUUAGAUCAUCCAGAUGUGCUGAACAAAGACCAGACUCUUUGUUCUCCUCCCUCUUGAACGCUGCCAACACUGUGAACAGCUGAAGCUCCACCUGAAGCUCCACCUGGGUUAGCACAGCCACAGCAUCACAAACCCCAGGAUAACUGAGACUCACAGCCUGUUGUUGUAUGUUGGAUGAACGAGCUGCAGACGGAGAGAUGGGCUGAAAAAUACAACGUUACUUUAGAUAGAUAAUUUCUCUCACAUAUGUACUUUGAGAAUGUUGUUUGAUGAUGUGUAUUUAAAAAACAAUAUUUAUUGAUUUAUUUGUGACUGUUUUCUUCCACUUUAGAAAAAAACACGAUAACCUUUGAAUG